GAGGGUUCCAUUACCAGAGAGAUAGUCGACUUUGCUGAACUUGGGGGAAAUUGAUACAGGUUUUCUCUCUUUUGUCUCAUUUUGCCUCAACUAAAUUACUUGCUCCAUUCAUCGAAAUAAAGUGUAUCCAGUUAUUUCCAAGUUCGGGGGAAAGUGAGAUUAAGAAAAAUUUAAAUUUAAUAAAAAUAAGUCUGAACUGUCAACCCUACACUUUACCAAAAUUCGCAAUCCCAAAUUCACUCGAUUUUGCUGAUUAUUAAACCCAACAAUCAAACGAUGGAGAAGGAUGGCAAGCCGGAUGUUCUUUGUCGGGUUUGCGGAGAUAAGGCCAGCGGUAAGCACUACGGAGUGAGUUCAUGUGAUGGAUGUCGAGGAUUCUUCAAGCGGUCAAUUCGGAGAAACUUGGAAUACGUGUGCAAGGAGAACAACAAUUGCGUGGUGGACGUCACCCGAAGGAACCAGUGUCAAGCGUGUAGGUUCAAAAAGUGCUUGCACGUCAACAUGAAACGUGACGCAGUUCAGCACGAGCGGGCACCACGGGCAAACUGUUCCAAACCAAAAUACUUGGCGCAGUUUGCAGCCGGAUUUUCCCCGUAUUACUUCCCCUUUAAGUCGGCCUUCUACCCGCCCUUCUUCACCCCAACCACCGGUCCCCACCACCCAAACUUCCACCCAACCUUCCACCCCCACACCUCUCCCUCCAACGCUGCUGCUGCUGCCCUCUCCGCCCUUGGUGGAGGUGUUGGAGGAGGACCAAUCAACACCACCCCCACGUCGAUCACCGCCAUUGUUCCACCCACUACCAACGCCAACUCCAUCCUCAACAACUCGUUUGCAGGCUCCGACUUUCUCCAGCUUUCUUCAGCCGUCAACCGGAAGUUGCUGGGGUUCAGCCCGUGCGAGGAGAAGGACGACCGACGAAGUAAUAGCACCAACAGCAACAGCAAUGAUAGUCGUAUCGGGACUCCUUCCACUGCUGGUGGUGGUCAUACGACGACAACAACAACGACGACGACGACGACCUCGUCCGCCGUCAACAAGGAGGACGAGGUGAGUUCCUCGGGGGGAGAGGAGCAGGGCAAUUACUACAAGUUCUUAGAGAACCUCCACAUUGGCAAUCUCAUUCACGAGAGCGUCUAUGAAUGUGCUGCUAAGCUGCUAUUCCUGAGUGUCAAAUGGGCGAGAAGUGUCCCUUCAUUCCUUAGCUUGCCAUCAACAGAUCAAACGAUCCUUUUGGAGGAGGCUUGGCCAGAGCUGUUUCUUCUUAGUUCGGCACAAUGGGGUUUAAGCAUCGAUGAUGCCACCUUGGUUGCUGGUUCAGUGGUUCCGAGACUCAGACAUGAAACCUUGCUCUCGGAUGUUCGGAUUCUAAGGGAGACCUUGACCAGAAUUAGCGGUAUUAGACCGGAUCACACCGAACUUGCUUGUUUGAAAGCACUAGUUCUAUUCAAACCAGAAUCUGCCAAACUACGUGAACAACUUCAGAUUGAACUUUUGCAGGACCAGACGCACGUCAUGUUGCAGGAGUACUGCGCAGGAAAGAACCCUCCUAGCAAAAUCCGGUUCGGGAAGCUACUUCUCAUCCUUCCUCUAAUUCGUCGGAUCGGUGGGAAGGUUUUGGAGGAACUUUUCUUCAAACAAACCAUCGGUGACAUUCCCAUCGAACGACUCCUUUGCGACAUGUUCAAGUCAUGAAGCAUUUUCAGAGGCAAUGUUCAACACAGCCGCUAAUACUAACUAUUUACGAACGUGUACUAUAAGUUUAUGGAAAUUAUACAAAUCUAUACACAAUUAUUGUAGAUUACUUAUUAUGGUCUGUGUAUUAAAACAGGAGUCAAUUUUGUAUGUAUUAUUCUUCUGAAGAACUGGCUUUUCUGUGCACAGACUAUAUUCCAGCUUCGACUGCUCAGUUUAGUACUCCAUAAGUUUUAUUGAUCGUUGAUUAAUUAAAUAAAUAUGCGAUAUGUAUUUACAAGGAGAAAGACAUAA